UAAAGAAUUAUAAGAAAGCCGAUGAGGAAAAGAAGGCGGUGAUUUCGGGGAAGCGCGAUAGAAUGGCCGAGAUGAUUGUAGAUAUGAUUAAUGAAGACCCUAUAAUAUGUGUGAAACUUAUUGUGGCUUUCAUUAUCGGCUUCAUAUUAUGCCCGCGGACAUGUAAGACAUGUCCCUUGUGGGCGUUUAGAUAUGCGGAGCAGUUAUCAACUUUGCAUAAAUAUAAUUGGUGCCAUGCGGUGUUCACUCUUCUUUGCAAAGAGAUGAGUAAAUCAAAGAAGUCUCUUAGUAUGCGGGAAUUAGGUCAGCGCUCAAAUGCCGGGUACAUGGGUGGUUUUUCCUCCGUUUUACUGGUGAGUUACAUGAACAUUAUUUUGUAUAUCUUUUCAUUUUGAUAAUGAUUAUUGUUUAUGCACAUGCUAAUGUGUAGUUUCUUUUUUGUAGGUUUGGUUUUAUGAAAAAGUAGGGGAAUUAGAGUACACUUCAGAUAUUGAAAGGUUACCGCCGCUCUUUUGUGUGAAGAGUACUGGAAAGUGGAGGAGGACUACUAUGAACAAAUUAUAUAGAGUCCCGAAGUUGGUUACGGAUAAUGGCCAAGAGAAUACUCCUCUUAUUCAUACGGCAUCGCCAAUAGUAUUUGAAUCAAGGAAAGCUGAAUUAAUUUUCUUAAUUGCGGAGAAGACGUACGAGUUGAAUGAGCUCACUACAGAAUUACGAGAAUUAGAAGAGCGUAGUGCUAGAUGCCAAAAAAAACCAAGGAGAAAGAGGAUGACGGAAAUGUAACUGAAGAAAAAAAAUCAAAGAGGAUAUGGAAGCUAAGGAAUAUGAGAAUUUGGAAGGAACUGGGGAAGCCGAUUUAUGUGAUGACUUUGUGAUGAGCGCAAGAGACGUGAGAAUUUUAGAAGAUGCUCGAGAUGUUUCUCAAAAAGAUGAAGGUGGUAAUGAGAAUAACAGAGAAACGCCAUCUAUCAAACGGGCUGUCGGAAAGAGGGAGAGGAAGGAUGGACCCUCUGUUACUUCACCUUAUAUGCCUCUAGAUCAACCAAAGGAAGGCACAAAGAAGAGACGUGUCAUCCAGAUAUUGGAUAGUCCUGAUGGGAAAAAAAAGUACAAAAAUGAAGAAGGCUUCAUACCUACAUCUAGAGACUAUCCAGGUAAGGCACUGGCGUUUGAUUAUGAGAACAAAUUAAUUGAAGACUUUCUACAAUCGAGAAUGAACAGUGAUACGUACAUUUGGAAGUGUGCCGAAGCAAGCGUAUCUCGCUUAGAUGCUUAUAUACUAUUAACGGGAGGUGAACUCAGUGACGAUGUGAUCGAUGCAUUUGUUAUUCGGCUUUGUAACAAGAUUGAAACAACUAAUAGUUAUGAUUGA